AGUCGUUAUUUGUUAUAGGAAGACAAGGGCUACCCUGUGGCGUGCAUGGUUCCAUUCCUUGGAUAGACAGGCUUGCAUUUCAGUUUCUUCCAGUUUUUGUCCCACCUUUGUUGGAUAUCUUUCUAGUUUUUUUUUUCCUAAAGGAAGACAACAACCUCUCUCAUAUUCUUACUUCAAGUUGUCUUGAUGUCUUUGUGCCUCUUUUCUCCACAUGUCACAGAGCUGGACUCUCUUAACCUCAGUUUGGUGAGUUCCUGUUACCCCAGUCUUAUUAAACUGUGCUGGUUCCUAGCCUUCUUCUAGGACUAAAGGCUUCAGAGCUGAAGCCAGACGCACUGCAACUUCAAACCCAUGUACUCUGCAGGAAGACCUGGAAGACCUCAUCCAACUCAGGGCAAAUGCUGGAACCGCCCCCUUACCCCUUCUAGAGUGCGGUCAGGCCAGCGUGUCUCUGCCUUGCCUGGCCCCUCGGCAGCAGCUCGCAAGCGAUCUAAAUUGCUUGCCUGGAUGCCACUACUGGACUCGCCCCCGAAGGCGCGGGACGGAGCAGCUGCUCCUCUAUUCUAAGGCAAGCAGCCCUGGAUAAGGCAGGUGAGGCACGGGAGCAUUGAGAGCAACCGGAUAUUAUAGGGAAGAGGACACUGUGCGCAGAGGCAAAAGACCCAAGCAAGUCUGCCCUUGGUGCGAGUUUUGGGGCCGGAAGGGAGCUCUGGAUUUCGGUCCCUCCCCUUUCCCUGCUCUGGCUUGGAGCACUGGGGCGGUCAGAUCCUUCUACUGUCUGGUACCUGCCGGGAGGAGAUAUCAUCUCUCCUCCACGCCCUCCACCAUGGGCAAUUCUUUUAAUAACUCCAAGCUAAUGGAGGACUGCAAGAGUCGUCAGUGGCUGCGUUCGGAGGAAAGCCCAGCCAUCAGCUCGGUGAUGUUCUCCGCAGGGGUUCUGGGGAACCUCGUCGCACUGGCACUGUUGGCCCGCCGCUGGCGCGGGGACACCGGGUGUAGCGCCGGCAGCAGGACCUCUAUCUCCUUGUUCCACGUGCUGGUAACAGAACUGGUGGUCACCGACCUGCUGGGGACCUGCCUCAUCAGCCCGGUGGUGCUGGCUUCCUAUUCCAGAAACCAGACCCUGGUGGCCCUGGCUCCCGAAAGCCGCGCGUGUACCUAUUUCGCUUUCACUAUGACCUUCUUUAGUCUGGCCACGAUGCUCAUGCUCUUCGCCAUGGCCCUGGAACGUUACCUCUCCAUCGGGCACCCUUACUUCUAUAGGCGCCACUUAUCGCGCCGCGGGGGUCUGGCGGUGCUGCCUGCCAUCUAUGGGGUCUCCUUGCUCUUCUGUUCCCUGCCGCUGCUCAACUAUGGGGAGUAUGUUCAGUACUGUCCUGGGACGUGGUGCUUCAUCCGGCACGGGAGAACUGCAUACCUUCAGCUGUACGCCACGAUGCUCCUGCUGCUCAUCGUGGCUGUGCUAGCCUGCAACAUCAGCGUUAUCCUCAGCCUCAUUCGCAUGCACCAUCGGAGCAGAAGAAGCCGCUGCGGAUUGUCUGGCAGUAGCCUAAGAGGCCCUGGGUCUCGCAGGAGGGGAGAAAGGACUUCGAUGGCUGAGGAGACGGACCACCUCAUUCUCCUGGCCAUUAUGACCAUCACUUUCGCUGUAUGUUCCUUGCCUUUCACAAUCUUUGCCUACAUGGAUGAAACGUCUUCCCUAAAGGAAAAGUGGGACCUGCAAGCUCUCCGGUUUUUAUCGGUUAACUCUAUAAUCGAUCCUUGGGUCUUCGCCAUCCUUAGGCCACCGGUCCUGAGGCUAAUGCGCUCAGUCCUCUGUUGUCGGACUUCACUGAGAACACAAGAAGCUCAACAAACUUCCUGUCCCACCCAGUCCAGUGUCAGUAAACAGACUGACCUUUGUGGACAGUUGUGAGGAUGUGCUUCACCAGGGAACCUCUGAAGAAGCCUUCAAAUGGCCUCAUUGGAGAAAUGUAAAGGGCUGAGAUAUAAACAAAAUGGCCUUGCUCUGAGGAAGCAGAUGAAACAGACUUUACAAAGUGGUGUGGGCUGCAGAUGUGAUGACAGGGCCCUUUGAGGAAAGUGUCAGAGGGUGUAUAAAGUUCACAUUAUGUGACCUUUGAAGAACAAUCAGCUGUGUCUAAGACCCAGUUGAUUUAAGCUUUCCUGUUGAAUGGCAAAGCAUGUGGUUUUGUAAUUUGUUUUAAAACGAUACAUGGUUGCCAUCUCCUGUUUUAAUGUCAAUGCCGCUGCUGUUAUAAACUCAGUCAGACCAAAUGAAACUCAUUCUCUAGGAAGUCAGUUCGUGCAAGCGAUGAAGCAACCAGAGCAGACAAGUUGCUGUCUCGUGAUUGCUUAAUGGACUCCAUUUGGACCAUGAAGUUGAAAGCCAUUGGCCCCUUCUACUGUGUGUGUUCAUGUGGGUGUCUUCUCCAGUCACACUGUGCCACCCUUGAAAGGAUGCACUGAUUUGAUUAAUGCCAGUUUGGGUCACCUAUCCUUUAGGUGCUCUGUCGUGUUGUCAGAUUAUUUAUUCUGUCUUGUCUAUUAUGAGGAGGCUGCUGAAGAAAACUUCAGAAAUGUGUGUCUCACAAAGAAAUAAUAAAAAACAAUCAAUUUUAA